AAAAAUAGCAGGGGGGGCAAGCACACACAAGCACAAGCUGUGGGCCGCCUAUUAACGGCAUCGACAAAGUGGUUCUAAAUGUGUCGGAACAACCAGGAAGGCAACAAUGAACAUUUAGUAAAUUGUAUUUGUAUACUGUCCAACCGCAAACAAUUUUAAGGCAAGCAAUUCCAAAAUGUCUCUGUGGGAUGGAUAUGAUUAUUCUUCAUGUAUCUUCAUCUAUUUUCAUGACUCUGGCAGAACUCAACAAUGGAGAAUCAGAUGAAGGGCCCAGCCUAGAUAAGCAGAGAGCAUCCUCACCUACACCCAGCGGUGUCUCCCUGAAGAGUGACCACUCCAUUAAUCAUCCACCAGACCUCAACAAAGGACAUUCAGCGGCAGGGCCCAGCCUAUAUAAAAAGAGAGCAUCCUCACCUACACCCAGCUGUGUCUCCAUGAAGAGUGACCACUCCAUUAAUCAUCCACCAGACCUCAACAAAGGAGAUUCAGCGGAAGGGCCCAGCCUAGAUAAGCAGAGAGCAUCCUCACCUACACCCAGCGGUGUCUCCCUGAAGAGUGACCACUCAAUUAAUCAUCCACCAGACCUCAACAAAGGACAUUCAGCGGCAGGGCCCAGCCUAUAUAAAAAGAGAGCAUCCUCACCUACACCCAGCGGUGUCUCCCUGAAGAGUGACCACUCCAUUAAUCAUCCACCAGACCUCAACAAAGGAGGUUCAGCGGAAGGGCCCAGCCUAGAUAAGCAGAGAGCAUCCUCACCUACACCCAGCGGUGUCUCCCUGAAGAGUGACCACUCAAUUAAUCAUCCACCAGACCUCAACAAAGGACAUUCAGCGGCAGGGCCCAGCCUAGAUAAGCAGAGAGCAUCCUCACCUACACCCAGCGGUGUCUCCCUGAAGAGUGACCACUCCAUUAAUCAUCCACCAGACCUCAACAAAGGACAUUCAGCGGAAGGGCCCAGCCGAGUUGAGCAUCCCAGCAAUGCCUCUGUGACGAGUGAAUUUAACAAUGGAGAAUCGGAGGAAAGCAAGCAAGAAAAAAAAACGGAAGCUGCCAAGAAAACAGCCAAGUACAAGCUCACAGAAAACCUUAAGAAGAGAAUCAUCGAUCAGUACAUGAAACACCUGGAGCAUGAGGAAAUUGAAACAGACCUGUUCAUCACAGGAGAGCAUAAAGACAAAAAGGGAGGUGGAGAGAUCCAAACUGGAGCAGACCACACAAGAACACAAAUUAAAAAUAAUGAAAUAUUUAAAUUCAAAUCCAAAGGCUCUUUAAAAAGAGUGCUAACAAAGGGGAUAGGCGGUAUUGGUAAAACCUUUCAGUCACAGACAUUCAUGUUGGCCUGGGGAAGGGGAAAUAUUAACAAAAAAAUUGAUAUGUUAUUUGCAAUCAAUUUAAGGGAUCUAAACAAUAUGACAAUCAUUGAAAGUCUGGAGGAACUACUCGAUAAUUUAUUGGGAAAAGACAUUGAACAUAGAACAUCAGAUUAUAAAGACUACAAAAUAGCAUUUGUGCUUGAUGGUUUGGAUAAGUGUCAACUUCCUCUUGACUUUGAUCCCAAGAAUGACUUGACUAACACCAGAGAGCCAGCUUCUGUGGACAGGCUACUGACAAACCUCAUCAAGGGAAAUUUGCUGCCUUCUUCUUGGCUGUGGAUUCUAACCCAAGACUCAGCUGCUGAUAAGAUUCCCCCUGAGUUCAUUGACCGAGUGACUGAGUGUCAAGACUCUGUGAAGCGACGACAGAAGCUUACCAAGAGCAUGAAGAAACGGUUCACUAAUGACUUUCAAAAUAACAAAGAUUUGAUUCAUCCCAACCAAAGUAACACUGAGCACAUUGAAAAGGAGAGCAGUGAUGCUUUGGGGAAUUUCAAGGCAAUAUCUGUUGCUGUAGCUGAUAUUUUCAAAGCAAAAAAAGAUGAAAGAAUCAAAACGGUUCUAACAAUUGAAGAUGCUUGCAUUGGAAAAACCAUUCAUGCACAGAAAUUCACAAGAGAGUGGGCAGGAGCUGUCACCUCAUGCACCAACCGAUUUUUUAAUUUUUUAUGGAGAAUGGAACAGGACACAGAAAUGGUAUUCCAUCUAACUUCUCACCAACUAUCUAAAUUCAAAGAAGAAAAGAAAAGCUUGAUAGAACUCCUCAACGACGUCUUCACAGAAACUCAACAGUUUGUAAUAUCUGACUUUGAGAAGUAUAAACUCAUAAUUGUCCUGGACGGUUUGGAUGGGCUUCCACUGGACUUUGGCGACAGUGUUAAAACUCUGAGCGAUCCGAGAGAGGCAGCCCCUGUUAGUUGGCUGCUUUCAAAUCUCAUCAGGGGGAAUCUGCUUCCGUCUGCCCUUCUCUGGAUACUCUCCAGGCCUCUGGAAGCUGAGCAAAUCCCCUCUGAAUUCAUCCACAGACAGACAGAAAUACGAGAAAAGCCGGAUUUUGCAAGCCAGAGGAAACUUAAAGCUCAUUUGAUCAAGCAGUUUGAACGAGUCUCCGAAGGGAUCGCCCAACAAGGAAAGUCAGCUCUUCUGAAUGAGAUCUACACAGAGCUAUACAUCAUAAAGGGCGAGAGUGACGAUGUCAUUGGUCAGAACGAAAGCAGGCGGGUUCAAGCAGCAUCAUUUGAAAGUGGUAGACAGGAAACGGCAAUCAAACAUCAUGACAUCUUCAAAUCAGGACAAAAUGGAGGAAUAAGAAGUGUUCUGACAAAUGGAAUUGCAGGGAGUGGAAAGACAAUUACUUUACAGAAGUACAUGUUGGACUGGGCGGAAGGCGCAGUCAAUCAGGGCAUAUAUUUUAUUUUUACAUUUCCCUUCCGGGAGCUGAAUUUGAUGAAUACUGAAGAGCACAGCUUUGAAGGAAUUAUAAAUAGCUUCUUUCCAGAAAUGAAGACAUCAGAAAUCACAGAUUAUCACAAUUACAAAAUCCUUAUUGUUCUGGAUGGCUUUGAUGAGUGUCGGCUGGAUCUUAAUUUCAGUGAAAGUAUGGACUUGUCGGACAUGAAAAAGCCAGCUCCUUUGAACGUCCUGCUGAAGAAUCUCAUCAGGGGAAACCUGCUUCCCCGAGCACAGCUCUGGAUCACUGCGCGGCCCGCAUCCUCCAGAAACAUUCCUCCGGAGUGCAUCGACCUGGUUACCGAAGUCCGUGGAUUCAAUGACCACCAAAGGGAGCAAUACUUCAGAAAAAGAUACGAUCCAGAGCUGGCCGAGAGAAUCUUCUCCCACAUCAAAACCUCAAGGGCACUUUACAUCAUGUGCUACAUUCCAGUCUUCUGUUGGAUUACCUCCACUGUGCUGGAAGACUUGAUGCAUAGCGAGGAGAACGUGCAGCACAUGCCCAAGACUUUGACCGACAUGUACAUAUGCUUCCUCUUGUUACAGUGCAAAGUGAGAAUUGCAAAAUUCCAGGGUGGUGAUGAGAAAAGGGAGGAAGUCAAUGGUACAGAGUCAUACUGGACCAAGAAAAACAAAGAAACUGUGUUGUCCCUGGGGAAGCUGGCAUAUGAGGAGCUGAAGAGGGGUAACUUGGUCUUCAUAGAAGAGGACCUAGAGCAACGGGAAAUGGACAUCACAGACUGUGCAGUCUACUCUGGCCUGUUUACACAGAACUCAAUGGAGAGCUUUGAUCUGAUAAAGCAAAAACUGUACAGCUUUGUCCAUCUGAGUAUUCAGGAGUUCCUUGCUGCGGUUUAUGCCUUUGUCACAUUCGUCAACACAGAGAAAAAUGUGCUCACUGAGCCUUCUAUUACAGUCGGAGGCCAAUCCGACUUCUACAUAUGUGCUGUGGACAAAGCUUUGGAAAACGACAAUGGAGAUUGGGACAUGUUCCUUCGCUUCCUCCUUGGUCUUUCCCUGGAGACAAACCAGAAGCCUCUGCGUGAUCUGUUGGUGAACCAGGCAGGAAGAAACCAGCCUGAGACCAACAAGGACACAAUUGAGUACAUCAAGAGAAAGAUUGAUGGAGACAUCAAUGCAGAAAAGCGCAUCAAUCUGUUCCACUGCUUGAACGAGCUCAAUGACCAUUCUCUAGUGAAGGAAAUAAAGGACCACCUUCAGAAACAAAGCCUUACGUUUGAAAAAUUCACACGACCACAGUGGUCCGCCCUGAUGUUUGUCCUAUUGACAUCAGAUGCGAAUCUGGAUGUGUUUGAUCUGAAAAAAUACGUCAAAUCAGAGGAGGUUCUUGAAGGAAUGCUCCCCCUAGUGAAAGUCGCAAAAACAGCUUUGCUGAACAGGUGUGACCUCACUGCCAGGUCCUGCGAAGGCUUGGCAUCCUCUAUCCUGAAGUCCAGCUCUUCUAACCUAACAGUGCUGGACCUCAGCCACAAUGAUAUCAAAGAUGCAGGAGUAGAAAAGCUUGCAGAAAGCCUGAGGAGCAAAUGCUGCAGGCUUGAGGUUCUCAAGUUGUCAUACUGCCAAGUGACAAAAAUUGGCUGUCUGUCACUGGCAUCAGCGCUUGAGCUCAAUCAUUCACAACUGCAGGAGCUGGACCUGAGCUACAACUACCCAGAAAAGUCUGGAGAACAGAGGCUUUCUGCCAUAGCUGCUGAUCCAAAAACAAGUCUGAAGACACUCAGAAUUGACCACGGGGCAGAAUGCAGACUAAAGCCAGCUCCAAAGAAGUAUGGCAUUGAGCUCACGCUUGAUGGGAACACGGCCGGCGAGAGACUGGUCCUCAGUGAGGACGGUAGAACAGCAAGGCGAAAGAAGGCCAAGGACAUAGAGGGUUUCUCCCCGGACCACAAGCGCCCGUCCAUGAGGCCCCAGGUGCUCUGUGUGGAGGAACUGCCUGACCUCUGCUACUGGGAGGUCGAGUGGAGCGGGCACGUGGGUGUGGCUGUGGUUGAUAGUCAAAUCGAUUGGAAGGGGCGGAGUUGUGGGUUUGGAACCAAUAAGAUGUCUUGGAGUCUGGUCGGCAAAGUAAAAGGAAAUAAAGUGACGUACAAGUCUUGGACAAACUCAGUGAGCGGGAAACCCUGUGAAACAACAGGCCCCUUGGGUCCUAGACUCGGAGUGUUUCUGGACAGGGAUAGGGGCAUGCUGACGUUCUAUGAUGUUUCAUCUGAAAAGCAGGAGCAUAUUCACACUUUCAAUGAUCGGUUUGACGGCCGUAAGCUCUUAGCUGGGUUCUGGUUGGGUAAAGGCCAUGUGUCACUCUGUGAGAUAUAAGCGCAUUCAACGUUUUUCUUAAAAUGAGCAGACUCUUAAUCAACUCUUUCAGGCAAAAGCAUAUCAGUCUUAAUCUGAGGGCUGAUGGUAGUUUAAGUUGCACUUGAAACGGCUCAAAACUGCACUGUAUCGGCUAAGGAAAAAAUUCAAGAUGACUUGAAUAAAGAAGACAAGAUGACGGCUAGUCACCACUGUCAACUAGCCGGCUUAUUAGACAUGAAUGUGUCAUGCAUAAAUUCAAACGUAAAAAUGCCUUCUAACUAUGCCCAUUAGGUGAGUGCUGCAUGCAGCGCUCAACUAUUGUUCUUCAUACGUUUUAUUCUUUCUUUCUUUAUUAUUCUCUACAAACUUUGGGACCUAUCUCUUUCCUCACUUCCUCACUCACAAAUUUUCAAAUAUUAAGGAUAGAUAUUAAGAAUAUUCUACUUUUAAAAUAUUAUCUUUUUUUAACAUGGGAAUCAAUGGGAGGAAAGCAGAGCCGUCCUCUGGUACUUCCAACUGUUUAAGACGUAAUUAAAUCAAUUUUCAGCCGUUUAUCUUGAUAACGGAAUUUCAAUGUCAUUUCAACUUUAUUCAGAAUCACAGUUUUAGUUUCAUACCGGCUUUACAUUGUUUACUCCAUUUAGACUUUUGAACUUGAUUUAAGCCAUUUAACGUUUCUUUAUGUCUUAAUCUAUGUGGCUUUAUUCAAAAAUAUUUUCAACCUCACUUUGUACUACAGCCCUCACCGCAUUUUCUGCAGGAAAUGCAUUUUCUAGUUAUUAUUAUGAUUUUGUUGUUUUCGUUAUAUUUUCAUGAAUCUUUGAUACAUACCAUGUGAUCCAUUUAGUGGUACUCCUAAAGUUAAAGGAAGGGAACCACUGAUUUAGAGGACAUUGAGAAAGAGGACCAUUCCUAUGCAUGUUGGUACUGGAAGCAGCCUGAAACAGGCUAUAUUUCUUGUUAUCUAUACAGUUUUAAUGCAAUUGUUUGACUUCUUGUCUGGAAAUGUGAUUAAAUGUGAAAUCAAACACAACGCCUUUGCUCUCAUUGUAUUUGUAUUUCACAUUUGUUUUACAUUUUUAAUCAUUCAAAAGUUCAGUUCAAUCAUCCUCAGUUAAUCCAUCAGUCAAUACAGGAGGUCAAACUCAGUGGAAAGCAGAAACUUUUGACGCAAGGCAUACUGAUGAGCCUUGAAAACACAAAUGUAAUGUUUUAACACAAAUAAUGUUUGUUCGUUAAAAGAAACAUUGAACAUUUAGUUAAACAAAAAUGAUGAAUGUCCGCAGAUAUAGCACAUGCAUGUGCAUCAAUAGACAGAAACAUGCUCAUUUAUGUACAUGACUGUAGAAAACCGAAGUGAACUGCAGGAGCUAAGUAUCCUCUGGACACCACUAAAUCCAGGCCAGCUUCAACAAGCAUCCGUUAAGGGACAUCCCAAACAAUGUGUUCCUAUAGGGCCCACUUAGGAGCACUCAGCUUGCCAGGCUGAUCUUAGUGUACACACGUGAAUUAGAACUAUGCAAUGAUCUAAGUAUUUAUCACCUGUCUUAGCAAUAAGUGUCGCUUUGCUUAUUGUCAAACCGUGCUCGUAGAUUGUGCCUAUCCCGUCAGGAAUGAUCCUUCCCCUUUAGCUAUGGGUGUGUUUCUCUUGAACUUCAUUCCACAUAGCUAGGUCAUUUGCUUUAACGCAUAGGGAUCAAAUGCUGUCCAAGCCAGGACUAAAAGUGCAAAAGUGAUGAAGUAUUUGGCUGCAAACAGGCUCCUAAAUGGACACAUCUGUGUUUUCAGCUAUGUCAUAUCAAGUCCAUUCAUCCUAAGGCACAUCAGGGAUUGAGGUAUUUAACCCAGCAUGUUAGUUACUCCUCAGAGAUUGAAACAUCUCCAUAAUCAUUCGAAAGGUUUCAGACCCCCACAUCUGAAUUCUGAUUCUAUAUGGGUGGGGAUCAUCAAAUCAUCACCUCCAAUCAGAAACCUGAGCCCACAGUCCCAGUGGCUCAUUGGCUGGGGUUCUUUCACCGGAGAACAUUCUAGAAUGUCAUACGCAAUUGGAGUUAUGAGCAGAUGCACCGUGUAGAUUCAGAUCUAGACCACUAACUCAUGAAUGAAUACAUCAAUUAAUCGAUUCGGGUUUUUUUUACUAUGAAACCAAAACAUUGUAAAUGUGCAGUGAACCUUCAUGAGAUCCUUUAGUGAAAGGAUUUCUUCACACUUUUCUCUGAAAGUAUGAAAGUGCCUGGGACUACCUCUCUUUUGCCGGAAUCCCCAAGUAAACAACCAAAGGAUUCAAUAUUGUCCUCCGCUCCCCUUUUCCUUUUCUGCGCUUAUUCCCAUGGGCUCCAGAGUGACAUAAGCUGACCCCCACGAGGAUUUCAAGACAGAGACGUUUUACUAGACAGCUUGUCACAGGUGAUUAGCACUCAUACUUAUUACACACACACACACACACACACACACACACACACACACACACACACACACACACACACACACAUAUAAACACACACACAUAGUGGUCUCUUAAUUUGGAGCUUGGAAUCACUUUAAAGUAAUUGGAAUCACAAAGUUUUUAUAGCACACAACUUGUAUUGUGUGCUAGUAUAAUGAACGAUAACCAUUUGGCCUCCUUCACCACAUACAAUAUCAUAGUAUUGGAGAUCUGGUUAAUAUCGCCAUAACAAACUUUCAUUUUCUGACUGAUCUUUGUCAGAUGUAGAUAUGCUUCAAUUCAACUCGACUCUAUUAUCAAUGCAAAGGCAACAUUUAAAAGGGCGGCUGUAUUAAAGUGUCGAUUGACCCUGGCUGUUUUGGCAUCCAUUUUGGCAAAAUGUUGCUGGGUAUGAGUGUAUUUGGUAGCAGUGUCACGACUGACUCACUUAUCAGUGGAUCAGAAUGAAUGCUGUGCCGCACUGUUUACAGUUUACCCAACCAUUCUGCAGAUUCAGCAUCAAAUCAGUAAAUGUAUUUCCUGAAGACCAUAUAACCACCAUACAAGCACGUAUGCACUUCAAGAUGCACAGACUGUAUGUUUGCAUCUAAAGUAAUCUGCAGCCAUUCAUCAAUGAUCACAAUGCACACGCUGUCACUCUGUCAAGCUUCCAGGGUGUGUGUGUGUGGGGGGGGGGGGGUCGAUGUGUGUGUGUGUGUGUGUGUGUGUGUGUGUGUGUGUGUGUGUGUGUGUGUGUGUGUGAGAAAAAUUGCCCAGUGGAACAAUUUAAACCGUACAUUCCAGAGGGAAGUACCUUUUAUCCAUCAGUUAAGGACUUGGCUGACACACUUACACAAGAACACAAACACACACACACACACACAGAAAUGCAUAUUAAAACACAGACAUAAGAUCAAUGUCUUCAAUGAGCUGGUAGGUACAAAAAUACUUUGUCCUGACACAUACACACACACCCACGCACACACCAACACACACAUCCUUAGACUCAUGACAAUGGUGAUCCAUGAGGAGACAGUGCUAAAGGUGACUUCCAGAUGUCCCUAAUGACCAACCUUUAACCUUUGACCCCACAAGUGUCAAGAAGUAGCUUGCUGUUCCCCUAUGGAGUUCAUGGCUGCAUACCGAUUCCUUGAAUUCUGCACACCUUUUCUGCUCUUUCCCAAUGUUUCUUAAUCUGUUCCAGUCCACCGUUCUAGUAUUGUGUUUUAUAAACUACACUUCCCAUGUUCAAUGUAUGCCUUUUUUGUCAGGCAUACCUGAUGUUAAGAAUUAUUUAGAUUCUUAAUUCGUAUCGGGAGUGCACAUCGUGUUUGCUGGAAUGAUAAAUAAAUUUGCCUAAAGAUUGAUUUAGAUGUUAUAUUUCUGUCUCAUCCAAUUCUAUUUUAAAUAUACUGACUUCUUUUCACUGCUGCA